AUGUCCCUCGCCUUCACGCUUAGCUCGCUCUAUAGCGAGCGCAAUUUUUACAAUGCCAUUGUACUUCUCUUCGGCGUCCUUGUGGUAUGGCUCUACCGUACUUGGACGGAGCAAUCGCAUAUUCCUGGGCCAUUCUUAUCUUCUAUUUCGAACAUCCCACGUUUACUUUGGGCGCGAUCGGGCAGAGCACACGAGACUCACAUCCAACUUCACAAGAAGUAUGGGUCACUCGUCAGGCUCGGCCCAAAUUCAGUGAGUGUGGGAGAUCCUCGCGAAAUCUCCAAAAUUUAUGGUAUUCGCUCAAGUUUCGGAAAGUCUAAUUACUACAAAGUUCUCCAGCCAAUUUCAAAGGGCAAGAUCAUUCAGGGUCUCUUCAACACGCAGGAUGACCAGCUGCACCGCUCUAUGAAGAGACCAAUUGCGGGAAUCUACUCCAUGAGCAACCUGGUCGGCUUCGAGCCUUACGUUGACUCCACCAUCGGCUUUUUCCUGGAGCGUCUUGAGGAUGCGCAAGGAAAAGCGGGUGGGCGGAUCGAUCUAGGUACCUGGUUGCAGUGGUUCGCGUUCGAUGUGAUGGGCGAAAUCACGUUCAGUAAGCGGUUAGGCUUUCUGGAUGAAGCCAAGGAUGUCGAUGGUAUCAUGGGUUCCAUCUGGAAGAUGUUUCAGUAUUCCUGUUGGGUUGGCCAAAUGCCAUGGCUGGAUAAGAUCUGGGUCAAGAAUCCACUUGUCAGUCGGUUGCUUCCCGCAAAGAACUCGCCAGUUGUGACGUUUGCUCUGGAACGGGCACAGGAAAGAAUAUCCGAGAAGUUGUUGCAUACUUCCGAUAGCCAGGACGCCACUUCUUCAUCAGGAUACAAUUCGCAAGAUUUCAUGUCGCGGUUCCUGGCGGCCCGAGCCAAGGAUCCGAGCAUUCCCGAAUGGUUUGUCACCGCAUGGACGACAUCCAAUGUGCUAGCCGGCAGCGAUACGACCGCGAUCAUGCUCCGAGCAAUCAUUUACUUCCUGAUCACGAAUCCGGCCAGCCUCCAAAAGCUCGAACACGAGCUGCGCCAAGCCCGGAGCCAGGAUCAGUUAUCUGACAUCGUUACAUGGAAGGAAUCCCGCAAUCUGAGAUACCUGGAUGCCUGCGUGAAGGAAGCCGGACGGCUUCAUCCUGCCAUCGGACUGACGCUGGAGCGAGUGGUACCACGUGGCGGGGCCAAGGUAUGCGGGAAAUUCUUCCAAGAGGGGACCAACAUUGGCAUGAACCCUUGGGUAAUCCAUCGAGACCAAGAAGUUUUUGGGCCCGAUGCCGACCAUUGGAACCCAGAUCGCUGGUUGGACACCGAUGCGGAGCGAGUGACGCUUAUGGAGAAUUGUCUUUUGACUUUCGGAUCCGGGAGUCGGACAUGCAUCGGAAAGAAUAUCUCGUAUUUGGAGAUUUACAAGCUCAUUCCGACGAUGUUUGCGCGAUAUGAGAUUCAACUGUGGGACCCGAAAGGCGAGUGGGAAAUUACGAACUCGUGGUUGGUGGUUCAGAGUGACUUCUUCAUAAAGCUGAAACGGAGAGAGCCUCAUCUGUGA